CUGUGAUAGGACUAGGGUGCCAACCUGCAAUACGACUUGAAGCCCACUGCUCAGUUUUACGCAUUAGCACUUUUCCUGUUUUCAGGUCGAUCUCAUCCUGGCUCAUCGGGAGGAAUGUCAGAGUAUGAGGUGGUAAGCAAGGGCUCUUUAAAGCUGAAAGGAGUUGGGGACAUCGAUAUCAAAAAGAAGAAAAAGAAAAAGCAAGAGAGGAAAAUUUUGCAACAGGUGACUAAGCUGUCAGCUGCAGAAGAUGAUGUCCCUGCUGCUGUGAAGAAAGGGAUGAUUAAGACCAAGGCUGAACUUGCAUUUGAGUCAAUGCAGCAAAAGAGAAUGAGACUUCGAUCUCUUCUUCCUCAAUUCCUUGAAGAUGGUGAUGAGGAACGGGAACGUUCUUUGACAAUGGUCCUCCGCGGGGAAAACAUUGCUUUUGGAAAUCCCAUCCAAGAAGUCAUUGAAAGCAUACGAUGUGGUGAUAAUCAAGCAGAAAUUCAUCAUGCUCGUAGACUAUUGAGACAGGCCAAGUACAGGGAGUAUUUCCUCAAGAUCCAGAAGUACUAUCAGAAACUUCUGGAAGAAGUGCUAGUGAUGAGGAAAGACCUGCUUAGAGCUGCUAUGGCUGGUGAGAUGACAAGUGCUAAGCCUCUGAGACUCCGGAAGAAGAAAAAGAAGAAGCAGCGGCCAAAUUUUGUAUCACAACGUGCUAACAAACGCUACCUACGAGAACUCUCUCAUUUGCAGCAAGAGUUUGGUGAUGAUUCCAGCAGUUCAAGUGAAUAA